GCAGGCAGUGAGGGAGGACCAGGAGAUGCACUCGAAAUCCUGAAAUGCCGUGUUUGGAAGAGCUGACCCUGGAGCCGGAGACCGCAGAGUGUCCAGAGAAUGCCGACCAUUCUCGCCACCCCUGGAACACCUGCAGGAUAACCUGCACCCACUAGAAUGCCUGGAUGGUUCAAAAAGGCGUGGUAUGGGCUGGCAUCUUUACUCAGCUUCUCCUCCUUUAUCCUGAUCGUUGUUGCCCUGGCCGCGCCCCACUGGCUGAGUGGGAAAAUCCUUUGUCAGACUGGAGUGGACCUGGUCAACGCCACCAACCCAGAGCUGGUCAAGUUCAUUGGGGAUAUUUACUACGGGCUCUUCCAAGGAUGUAAAGUGCGACAGUGCGGGCUCGGGGGCCGCCAGUCCCAAUUCACAAUCUUCCCACACCUGGUGAAGGAACUCAAUGCAGGCCUCCAUGUGACAAUUCUGCUGCUCCUCUUCUUGGCCUUGGCCCUGGCUCUGGUCAGCAUGGGCUUUGCCAUUCUCAACAUGAUCCAGGUUCCAUAUAGGGCAGUCAAUGGCCCUGGGGGCAUCUGCCUAUGGAACGUCCUUGCAGGUGGAGUCGUGGCAUUGGCCAUCACCAGCUUCAUGGCCGCGGUCGAGUUUCACGACCUCACCGAGCGCAUCGCCAACUUCCAGGAGAGGCUCUUCCGCUUCGUGGUGGUGGAGGAACGGUACGAAGAGUCCUUUUGGAUCUGUGUGGCCAGUGCCUCCGCCCACGCUGCGAACUUGGUAGUGGUGGCCAUCAGUCAAAUUCCGCUCCCGGAGAUUAAGACCAAAAUCGAAGAGGCCACGGUCACGGCUGAGGAUAUCCUGUAUUGAUCGUCCUCUGCGGCUCACACCCUUUCCUGAGUCGGUUCUGCGGCGUGAACUGGCACCACAUUUUGAGCGCAGGCUUUGCAGUCCAGAGAGCCCCUGUUCUGGAAGGUAAGAAGGAGAAAGUGGAGAGAGGCAGGGCAGUGCCUGGACCAGAAAAGAAAGCUUUCCCAUAUUCCUGGCAUCUCUGCCCUUCCCUCUCACUGACCUUGGAGUUAGAGACUCUGCUACUUGCCAGCUGUGUGGACACUGGACAAUUCACUUAAUUCCUGCUUCUCACUUUCGUCAUCUGUAAAAUGGAGGUAAUAAGACCUUGCAAGGUUGUGAUGAGGUUUAAAUGGGCAAUAUGUUGCCAACCUUUGAAUCAAUAUAUGUAUCUGGGAUUAGAGUCUUCCACAGAUAUAAGGUAAUGAACACUCCAAUAAAUGUCUAUAGACCCCUGUUGUGUUCCACACAAUAUGAGGGGUGGAAGUAAAGAGGCAUGUGGUAACACCCCUGCCCUCCAGAAACAUUUAAUCCUUCCACAUGACAGGCAUCAGAUAGCAACAAUAACACUAAGAAUGAAAAAUAAUUGCUUUUUUUUUUUUUAGUGGUUACUAUAUACUGGACACUGAUCUAAGAGUCCUAUAUAUAUGGGGUCCUCACUAUAAAUUCAGAUUGUUGAUACUUUAUUUCCACCUUAUAGAUAAAGAAACUAAUGUAUCCAGAGAUCGGGUAGCUUGCUGAGGUCCAGAAUUCAGUUGAGGAAGUCUGGAACCAAGCUGUAUACUUGCAACCACUUUGCUAAUCUGCUGUUGGAUGGAUGUUCAGGCAGUUGGAACGCAAUGUGAUAAAUGUUAUGACAGUAGGUGCAUGAAGAACUGAGAGAAGGAACUCAUUCUCCUGCUUGGGAUGUGGUACUAAAGGAAGUAUCACAGAGCUGACAUUUGAUAGGAACUUCGAAAGAUGAGUAGAGUUUUUCCAGUGGGGAAGGAAGCAGGUUUGGAGAAGGGCAUUUCGGGAUGAGUCAG